AUGAGGCAACGGAAUGUAGAAGAGAAGGAUAAGACUGGAAGUAAAACAUUUGAGAGCUUGAGUUGCAAGUCAGGUUUGCUGCUGUCUAUUGCGUGCUGUAUCGCACUUAUUCACGUAGAACUCCGAAUACAAGAACAUGAUCGCUUAUUUUCUCACUCAGUGGCACUUUGUGGUCAGAUGGAAACACAAAUCCUUAGAGCUCAACAGAAAAAUGGAAGAUGGAAAAUCACCGAAAGCAGCCCUUCAGAUUUGGGUCAGGAAACGGAAGGUGAGUACUGAGAAUUUUAAAAGCGGAAAUAGCUAAGCUCUUUGACAAGACCAAGGCCUCUUACCUCUCCUAGUGCAAAUAUCACUGGUUAAUAAAACACUGAUAAUAGUCACACGUAAUCGAGAAAAUGAUCACCGAAGGAAAAUAAAAAAGCCUUGGAUUUGAAAAAAAUAUUUAUUGUUGGUACCAUAAAAAGGCAAAAUUCGUUGUUCAAAACUAAAGUUUAAGGAGAUGACCGUUUAAAUAACGUUUACUGUUUACCUUGAGCGAUUUCUUUACGAUAUAUUAUUUAUGUUCUACAAUCUUUGAUAAAUGGCUUUUAUUUUUGAGGUCAAAAAACCAAAUCAAGAAAAAGACGUGCUUUACCCAGUGACUCACAAGCGAAACCGGCAAAAACAGCCUCUGAUGUAAAACAGCUGAUCAAAGAAGAAUUUCGUUUGCUGCAAAAUCAAAUUUGUACCAAAGAUGAAAAGCUUUGUCGACCAGGACCAAAAGGUAACACAGGAAGGCGGGGGAGACGAGGACCCCAAGGCAUACCAGGUCCCCGAGGGACAACCGGACCAGCAGGACCUCCCGGCAAACAUGGACCAGUAGGACCACAAGGACCAAUCGGCAAGGACGGAGUUCGCGGAAUGCAGGGUCCCGCGGGACCCCCCGGUCCCAGAGGUCCGCCGGGUAAGAAAGGCGCACCGGGACAAUCUAUCUCGGCUCCCUCCCUGUUACAACAGCCUGUUGAAACGACAGUCAAUGAAAGCCAGACAGCCAUCUUGAAAUGUACAGCGGUUGGCAAUCCUCCUCCCAAGGUCACGUGGUCUAAGGUGAAUUCAUCACUUCCUGUCGGUCGUCACGUAGUAGAGUCCAGCGGCGCUCUGAUUCUUCAGGAUGUUACACCUGGAGACAAAGGCCAGUACACCUGCAAAGCUAAAAAUUUGCUGGGAAGCAUCAACGCAACAGCGAAGCUAACAGUGCAGUGUAAGUUCCAACUUUUUUAUUUAAGGCUUUAAGCAAUGAUGUUUAUUUCUCCGUAACACAUUUUCUAUUUCUUGUCAGUUCCUCCCUCUAUUGUACUGUCAUCACAUCGCCUGAUGGUUGAAGAGAAACAAAACCUCACCAUCGCCUGCACUGCUACUGGUCAGCCGAAACCCAAAAUCACGUGGUCCAAGUCAGUUAACAAACUGCCCAAAGACAGAAACAAAGUGAUGAAUGGAGCCCUCACAAUCUAUCAUGCAGUAAAAAAGGACGGUGGAACAUACAUUUGCAAAGCAGACAAUAUUCUUAGUUCAGCAACAGAUACGGCUCAACUCAUAGUUUUCUCGCCUCUACGGUUUAAAGUCAAACCUCCUAAAGAAGUGACCCCUGCAAUUGGAUACACUGUCCAUCUACCUUGUAUGGCCGAGAGUGACCUGAGACCUGUAAUUUCUUGGUCAAAGGAUGGCUCUAUACUUCCUGUUGGUUCGAGGAUUCUUAAAAAUAACACUCUUGUACUAAACAACAUCAAAAAAUCACACAGAGGAUCUUAUACCUGCAGAGCAACUAAUGCCCUCAAAACGAUAGAAACAGAAGUUAAAAUCAAUUUUCCAGUGAGGGCUACUUCCUGUUCUGUUAUUAAAAAGAACGUCAGCAGUGUGAGCGGAAAUUACGUCAUUGAUCCAGAUGGCGAAGGAGGUCUGGCGCCAUUUACAGUUUAUUGUGACAUGACAACUAAAAAUGGAAUUGGCGUGACAGUCAUCAGUCACGACAGCGAAAGGAGAACAUCAGUGAAAGGAUAUGAAUCUCCGGGUACUUAUUUACGAGAUGUACGUUACGCAAAAGUGAGCCUCUCUCAGCUGGCAAGUCUCACCAGAGUCUCAUCGCAUUGUGAACAGUUUAUCAAGUACGAGUGUUACGGUUCACUUUUGCUUAACAAUAAAUAUGGAUGGUGGGUGUCACGUGAUUCUACUAAGAUGACGUACUGGGGAGGAGCAUCUGGCAAUGGUAAGUGCGCAUGCGGGAUGAAUAACUCGUGUGCAAAUCCCAGUAAUGGCUGUAACUGUGACAAUAAUGACAAUGUAUGGCGUGAAGACAGCGGUCUCCUUACUGAUAAGACCAAGCUUCCUGUAAUACAACUCAGGUUUGGGGAUACUGGUGACAGCAAAGAACAAGGUUACCACACACUCGGAAAACUUAAGUGCUUUGGAACAGCAUAA